AUUUUUUCAACUUGUUGUCAGCCACCCAGACUUUUGAAAAGAUAAAGAUUUGCAAAAGUUUUUGAAAGAGGAAAAUGUGAGUUUUUCAAGUAAUAAGAUACUCUUACUGGUAUUUGGCCACAAUCCCUGUGAGUAUGGGUGAUUUUUUCCACAUGCUAUCAAUGGCAAAACAACACUUGAUUUAAACUCCAUAAGUAUAUUUUUCAUAAAAUCAACAAUAAUUAUUACUAUUUUUAUCUUUAGGGGUCAUAAAUGUUUUUAAGAUAAAAUCAGUUGACACAACAUCCACUGAGCCACCUCUAAGGAAUUAUGUAGAAAUGGAGUGAAAAUUGAACUAAAUUCACUGCAACAAUAAGCUCUUCCACCAGUCAAUGUUGUAGAAUGGUGUAAAACAAUUAAAGAAACAUUGUACAUGAGAAGAAGAGUUGAAAGUAAGGAAUAUAAUUGGUAUGCUAUUCCAGAAUAUUGCCAUUUCAAUGGUAGUGUGUUGACAAUUUUCUUGCUGAUUGUAUGUAUAUGCCUGGGGGAUUUCUUUUGUGACAAAAUGUCUGUUGCAACUUAGUAAAACUAAGUUUGAUAAUCAUUAUUAAACUCCUUGCUCUGAGAAAUUAAUCUCUUUUCAACUCAGUGAUCAGUGGCUUAAUGGCAUCUCAUGCUCAUACACUUACAGUGUAAGGUAUAAACACUUUUUUUUAUUACAUAGCUUGCGGUGAGAAGCAAAGUGAAAAAGGGUCUUAGGACAAGUCUAUAUCAUGAGCUGUGGAUGAUUUCAGGCAUCAUAGUCACAAGGUACAAAAUGUUCCAGGAUUUUUGUAUGCUUUUUUGUUUUGUUUUGAUUUUUUUUAUCUAAGAAGUCUUUAUUUAGUAAAAUUGUGAUAUCACUGAAUUAUUGUUUAAUUACAUACAGUGUAUGUCUCAUUCAGGGCUGUAAAAUAUGAAUAAUUGUAGUUUGAAUUGUGGUAUACAGAGAGACAGUGUUUUAACCCUUCACGCUCUAACAUCAGUAUGCAUAUUCUCCAUACUGUUCUCUAAACAUUUUCUAAGAUGCUGACAUGGAGAAUUUGUCUAACAAUCAAGAGCUUCUCUAGUCAGUGAUCAGCUUGUUUAUUCUCCUGACCUUAAUGUUUGAUUCAGGAAGGAUACAGUUAGGAGAAAAUAGAUGUCAGUCACUCUUAGGGGUUAAACUGCUGAAUACUUGGUCCUUCUUUAUCAGUGUUAACCCUUUCACUCCCAAGAUCUGAUUGUAAAUUCUCCCCUUUAGCUGCUACAUAUUUCCCUAUAAAUUAGUUGUGAGAACUUGAUACUAGAUCAAGAUAAAAGCUUCAACCUGACAGGUUUGAAUAUUCUCAUUACCUGUUUGCUGAAUAAUGUAUGGAUAUUAUAGGGAGAAGUUUCAUGUUAAUCACUUGUGAGAGUUAAAGGGUUAAACCCUUUACAGGCCUCUCACCAGCUCAUGUUCUAAUUUUCUUUAUGAAAUUAGAUUAUGUUGAUUUGACACGGAUAAUACAAAAAUAAUUUUUAAAACGAUGCAAGGUCGUUUCAGGCAUUGGCUCACUUCAGGUGUUCAGUUAGUAAAACGGAGCAGAGACUGAGCGGAAAAGUGAAACAGCAAGAGAGGCUUGGGUUAGGUGAGAUUCAUUGAGUGACUCAACCCAAGCCUCCCUCGCUUUUUCACAUCUCUGCUACUAUAGUGCUGUUUACUAUCACACUUUGUUUUGCCGACUGAAUGCCUGGAACAGGCUAUUCAGGCACUAAUCAUAACCAUUGCAAUUUCUUCAAAUGUGAUUGGUGCAUUAGCUGCUUCAUUUUUUCACGUCUCAUUCUGUACAGCUUUAAUUGGACAGCAUAAUUGGACAGUUGGCUUUAAUCGGAUACCUGUAAUUGGACAGUUGAAGCAACGAAUCAUACUAAGUUCAGUCAGCUAAAUCCACCAAUCACAGAGUUAAUCACAAUAACCAUGGCAACAACCACUUGUCUCAAAAAAAAAAAGAAGAAUUUCCAAAAUGGAGACAUAUUUUUUGUCUGUAGACAUUGUCUAUACCAGAGAUAUUUGACCUAAAUGUAUUUCUUGUUUUCAGAAAUAAUAACAAUUAAGAUUAAAUGGUAACAGGACUUUUUUGUUGUCCACUUCUUUCUGUAAUCAUACUCGUGAUUGACAAAUUGGUCUCUUGCUUUGCAGUCGUCCAAUUUUGUUAAUCACGUGUAUGAUAACAACAGACCGAAUAAGACUCCACUCAGUCCUAUUACCAUUGUAGAUUGGCUGGAAAUGGUGGCAAAAAUCCAGCAAUUACUUGAAAUUUAGUCAGCAAAUAUUUCAUGACAGAAAGAAAUUUUCCAAUUUUGUGAAGGCUACUAGCCUUGAAUCAAGGCUCUAGAACAUUCAAUAAACACUUAACAUGGUGAAUUUUCAACUUUAUGUUGUUUUCAUGCAGAUCACCAUUAUACUAAAGAGUGAAUGAAUUUCUUUACGUCUUCCUAUCAAAUAAUAUUUUUAUUAAAUCUGAAUGAAUGGGUUUCAAAUAUGCAAAGUUUUCUACAUACUUUCACGGUAACAGACAUUAUGGAAAAAAAAUUUCCUUUUCAAUCCUCUGAGAAGCACCAACCAAAAAAUUGAUUUCCUUUGUAUUGAAAAGCUUUUGAAAUUUAUAUUAGAUAUCGCGAUGGUAAGUUUUUGUUUGAAUUGCUUCAUAAUUACCUGUAAAGGCAGAACUUGACGUUUUCAGUUGACUUAAAUGUGAAUAUACUUCUUAUUCUGAUGAAAACUAUGUUUUUCCAGUGUAAUUAUUUUUUUCAAUAUAGAAUGGACCAUAUACAAUGCUAGUUGUCGUUUCAGCUCUACCAAAGUCCUUAACUCUGUUUGAGACGACUGACUCCCCCUCCUUUCCUCCUGAAAACUAUGUGAUCCCAACCUCUCCCUUAAAAAAAACAUUUCUUCCAGCGGCUAUAAAAAUGACUCUUCCUUUAGUAUCGCUGCUAACCCAGAAAUUAAGCCCGAAACGACCAAACUUCCUUAAUGAUCCCCUCCUCCUAACCCUACCCCUACCUAUAACUUAGUCAUCCCCCGUCUGAAUGACCUGAAUUCUUUUCUAGUGAGAUCACGCGCAAAUCUGUCUGCUGCUGACGUUGUGAAAGUCAUCACGUGCAGUGUCAUCAGAAAUGUUGCGCUCUGCGAGUUAGUUUCACUUUUGAGCGUGGUUGCUUCCGAGCCGUACUUUGUCAUUUUGUUGGCUGAAAACGUCGACUUGUUCCCUCGAUAGUUCCUGAAAUCCUCAACGAAGUAAGUAUAGAUCAUUUGUAAUCAAGAUUCGAGAAGAAAAUUCCGACUAGCGUUUGUUUACAACGAGACCAAAGCUCGAUGUAAGUUCCAUUAAGGGUGUUGUCACAAAUUCUUGCUCUUAGACUCAAACUGCAAAGCUUAACGGCUCUAUGAACGAGUUCAACCCUGCUUCAUUUUAUCAUUUACUAAAUGCUGAGUCGAUUUCGUUUUGCAUACAACAAAUUAGGAAUGUGUCCUUCAUUCAUUUUCAGAACUAUACUUUCUUAGGUAGACGGAAUUAUUACAAUUCUUGAUUUGCUGAAUGGCAAAUCUUAUCUCGUAUGAAGAAACUGUGGUUAUUCAUCGUCGUUAAAUACAAUAUUAGCUAAAGUAUAAUCGUAUACAUUGCGCUUUGUUUUCACCUCCGAUUUACGUAGAUCGAGACGUUUCGCUUGCAAGCAAACGGCCCGGAGUCUUUUUCGUGCGAGCUCGGCCAUCACAAUCUACAGCGGCAGUAUAAAGAUCGAGAGACAAAGGAUACCACUUAUCGGCCAUAGUUGUUCCUCAAGGCAAUAAAAUUAGCCUCGCUGGUAAGUACAUUGUGUUAUAGAGUAAUUUAGUUGUUUCUGUAGCAGGCCAGGACUUGCUAAUUUUGAAACUGAAACUAAACAUUUACCUGCCUUUGGACAACAGAAAAAAUUACAGUACUAGUCUUCGAUUUCGAGAUUGAUGAAGGAUCUUGAUCUUUCUUUCUCUAUCGAUUUAGUCAUUGCGUGUGUUUUGAUGUUGGGGAAGUUUUUCGACUGUCGGUUGUCUGAGAGAAACAAACAGACAAAAAAAACUCCGCAGUCGAUUAGAGAUCCAAUAUUUCGAAUUCACCGUUCAGUCCACAAACAUUUUUCCCUAAUUUUGUAACGUUACACGCUCUUAGCUUGCUGUGCAUUUUGAUGAAGAAAGUGUAGGGUUUGUUUUAUUGCUGAAAAUUGUGAACUUUAAACUGAAUUGUGUGCGUUUGAAAGUUUUACCUCUGGUGAAAGACUCUCAAUUUAGAACAAUUUCUUUGUUUGCUCCAAGAAUUGUUUCAAUGCGGUUCGAAAAAAAAAUUUGAUCAGAACAUUCUAGAAGAAGAUAUGGGAAUAUGAUUGACCUCUGCCUAAGAGCUUACUCCAAUUACUUAAAAUAUCACACCAGACACGACUACAGUAAGAUAAUUGCCAAAUUUAGCAUUUUCUUGAUGUUGUCUUUUGUCUGCUUUGUAUUCAGAGAGGGAAUGUGGAAUGGUGUGCAAGUAAACCUCCCUUCCCUUCUUCCCAGAACCCACUCCUGCCGAUCAUGUCGAGAAUUUCUUAAAAUAUUGCUUUAAGGACCGUGAGGGAGCUGAUGUGCUUUGCUUUUUCACUUUGUAAUUUUUUCUUUAGCGGAUCAACGCACAAAUGUGACGUUUGCGGUUAUCUACGCCUUCAAAAGCACGCAAUGUCAUUGGAUUAUUAUUUGUUAGGGUCACAAUACGUGACACACUGGUUUUUCUUUCGUGUUCCUGUUUACGAGUUGACGGCUGGUUGCGCAUAAGUCAUUUUUGUUUCUUUUCUUGUGGAGUUGAAAUUUUGACAAACCCACUGUUGUACUUAUUGUAUAGAUUCUUUGAAAAAUAUAUCUUCAGUCUGUUAAAAAGGCUUCUUAAAAUCGAAUGUUUUAUCCUUGUUACUGUUCUGAAAAGGAAUUUGAUCAAAACAUUCUUGAACAUAAUUUAAGUUCGAUUGUUGUAGUAAUCAUAUCAGGCACGGGUGUCUGAAGAUUGCUUCUUCAUCUGCCUUUUUUCUUGAGUUAGGAUGCUAGAAUGGUGUGUAUGUAAAUGGCCCCCUUCCCCCUCCACCCCACUUUCGCUGAUAGGGGAGUUUUCUAGCGAGAAAUACAGUACUUGUCUUCGAUUUUGAGAUUGAUAAAGGAUCACGACCUUUUUUUGUCGGUUUAGUCAUUCCGUAUGUCUUGAUGUUGGGGAGGUUUUGCGAAUGUAUGUUGUCUAAGAGAACACCAUAGAAACAACUCCGCAGUCGAUUGGAGAUCUUUUCGAAUUCACCGUCGUCCAUUAAAAUAAACAAGCAUACAUUCCAGAAAACUGAUAUUGAUACGUCACACGCUAAAGGAGAAGGAGCUUAAUAAAACAGUUUUAACGAUCGUCACCCCAGAUUAGUGAAAAUGUCAAAAGUGACGUUAUUUGAUGCACUUAAUGAUUUGACCAUCUGAUGUGCUUCGUGUGUCAAAUGAACGAAAGAACUGCUUUGUUUUGUUAGAUAAUAAUGCUGAAAAAAAGCAAAAAGCAGAUGAACCCCAAUAUCAUUUCGUUAAAGCAGCAGAAUUUUUGGUGUGAGAAUUAUCCAUUUUUUAUGGACAACGGUACAAUAUGGAACAAAGUAUAAUCGUUUAUCGCGCUUUGUUUUUACUUUCAAUGUGCAGAUCGGGGCGUUUUGAUUGCAAUCCUUCUUCGUGCGAGGCCGGCCAUCACGAUCCACAGCGGCAGUGAAAAGAUCGAAAGACAAACGAUAGCAUUUAUCAGCCUUAGUUGUUCUUCAAGGCGCUGAAAUUAGCGUCGCUGGUAAGUACAUUUUGUUAUAGAGUAAUUUAGUUGUUUCUGUAGCCGGCCAUGACUUGCUAAUUUUGAAACUAAAACUAAACAUAUACUAGUCUUCUAUCUCAAGAUUGAUGAAGGAUCAGGAACUUUCUUGUCGAUUUAGUCAUUACGUAUGUUUUGAUGUUGGGGAAGUUUUGCGAAUGUAUGUUGUCUACGAGAACACCGUAGAAACAAACUGACAAAAACAACUCCACAGUCAAUUGAAAUGUUUUUCGAAUUCACCGUUGUUUAUAAAAAAUGUUUUCCCUAAUUUAGAAACCUUAUACGCUCUUUGCUAGCUGUGCAUUUGAAUGAUGAAAUUGUAAGUUAUGUUUUAUUGCUGAAGAUUGUGAACUUUAAACCGAAUUGUUCGAUCGAAAGUGUUUCCAUUCGUGAAAAACUCUUAAUUUAGACCUUUUUCCUAGUUUGCUCCAAGAAUUGUUUCAAUGUGGUUUAAAAACAAAAUUUGAGCAGAACAUUCUAGAAGAAGAAAUGCGAAUAUGGUUGACCUCUGUUCAAGAACUUACUCCAGUUACUUGAAAUAUCACACCAGACACGACUGCAGUUAGAAAAUCGCUAAAUUGAGUAUUUUCUUGGGGCUGUCUUUUGUCUGCUUUGUAUCCUGAGAGGGAAUGUAGAAUGGUAUGCAAGUAAACCCCCCUUCCCUUCACCCUAGAACCCACUCCUACCGAUUCGAGAAUUUCUUUAACUAUUUUCUUAAAGACUGGGGGGGAGCUGGUGUGCUUUGCUUUCCCACUUUGUAACGUUUUUACUUACAUCAAACUAAACAGCUCAGCUUACACUUAACGGAUCAGCGCAUAAAUGUGACGUUUGCGGUUAUCUACGCCACCAAAAAACACGCAAUGUCAUCGGAUUACUAUUUGUUAGGGUCACAAUACGUAACACACUGGUUUUUAUUUCGUGUUCCUGUUUACGAGUUGAAGGCUGGUUGCGCAUGAGCCAUUUUUGUUUCUUUUCUUGUGUGGUUGAAAUUUUGACUCUUACACGGAAAUCAAAACCCAUUGUUUUACUUAUUGCAUAGAUUCUUUGGAAAAGAUUUUUACAGUCUGUCUGUGAAAAAGGUUUUUUUUUAAAAUCUAAUGUUUUAACCUUGUUACUGCUCUAAAAAAGGGACUUCGAUCAAAACAUUCCUGACCAUAUUUUAAAUUCGAUUGAUGUUAUAUCGCGCCAGGCACCCGUGCUAGAAGGUUGCUUCUUCAUCUGUUGGUUUUUUUGAGUUAAGGAUGUAAGAAAGGUGUGUAUAUUAAUGCCUCCUCCCCACGCCCCCCCUCUCUCCCCCUCACCCCACUCUCGCUGAUGGGGGAGUUUUCUAAAAAAACCUACGUACAGGACCGGGAAAGGGAUUAUAUCCCAUACCCGAAAGUAACCAACUACUUCGUUCUACUUGUUUUUGUCAUUCAGUCCUUGGUUAUUCUGAAAGUGGACUUUGGUCCAAACAUUCUAUAACAGGGCGAUGAAACAUUGUUGACCUCUGUUCAAGAAUUCACAUUUCUUGCUUAAAAAAUGUCACGCCAGAUACUCGUAAGGUCAGCAAAUCACCAAAAUUUAGUAUUUCCAUGAUACUGUUCUAUUAUCUACUUACCAUUUAUGUGAGCAAUGUGAAAUAGUGUCUAAUGCGAGGAAUUUUUCACCGACUUUUGUAGAGGAGAGUAAGUUUGAAAAAUUUUUAAGAUCAACAGGUCAAGGCACAUUGUUGUGUUAAUUUGCUGGGGGCCAAAAAUGGACCAAUGAUGAAACCAACGCGAAAACAAUUAAUAUAAUACCAGCAGGGUGCAGCUAUUUAGGGAUGUGAAUAAUGUGCAUUACGACAAAGCCAGAUUAGCUUUCGCUUUUGAGUCCCUCGAGUGUUUUGUUGACUACAGAAAGCAGCCUAUGUUCUUUAUCGCAAAUGAAGUAUGCAUACCGCACCAAAAGGUUUCUAAAACUUAAACGACGGUACGUGUACUUCAAUCCAUUUACAUGAAAGUUAUGUGUAGCAGUUAAAACUCGUUUUAAACGGAAAAUAAACUCGCAUACAUUCUAGAAUACUUAUAUCGAUGCGACACAAGCUGGCGGAGAAGGAGCUUAAUAAAACAGGGGUCAGUUCAAUAAAGAAAUUACACUUGUAGAUUCUACAGUUGUAAAAAACGCAUGUAAAGUCCGACUUGUAAAUACAAGAAUUCAAUAAAAAAAAUUCAAACACUGGAAUUUACACGUGUACAAGCAGUCUUACUACAAGUGUUAAUUACAAUUGUAACCGUACAAUUGUAAAUAGCACUGAGUGGAUAUGUAAACUACAAGUGCAAAUUAUUUCAGCUCAGUGCGGAAAAUUUAUUUCGUAGACCGCGUCUAUUCUUUCCCUGUCGUCGAAAUCCCAGAAAUUGCUAUUAGCGCAGCUUGUGAGGGAUAACAAAUCAGUUGUUUUGGCUCCAUUUUCCUCGACUAUAACGAAAAAGGCGAAACAGGAGGCGUGGGAAAGCAUCUUAAGACAACUGAAUGGUGUUGGAGCGAACGUCGACAACAUGAAAACCCUGAGAGAUGUUAUCUGGGCAAACAUUCGCCGCGGUACGAUAAAAAAAGUCAGUGACUCGAAAAAGACCGGUGCAGGAGGGAGUGAACUCACAGAGCUGGAUGAUACAGUCCUUGAUAUACUUGGAAGAGAGAGCGCAAACUUGGAGCCUGUGAAGGUUGAAGACACACCAAUUGUGUUUGAGAGUGAAGAGGUUGUCUGCACUACACCUGAGACCGAAGUUGAGAUAAUUUAGAAUAACCAGAAACAACAUUUAUAAAUCAAAAUGUCCUUCUUUCGUUUCUCUGCGAGCAAGUUGUCAAUUUUAAGCUAGGUCAGACGCGAUUAUCGCGUUCCCUAAUGAAAAUGUUUCUUUCUUACUUUAAUCGCAACUUAGCUUCGUUCAAACGCGAUGAGUUUAAAGAUGAGAUUUUCAUGUAUCUACCAAUCUUUUGUUCAUUUAGAUGCAAAAGAAAAGCAUGAAACAAAACCUUCAGCCAAACCAAAGGAAGCCAAAGAAGACAAGACAUCAGUAUUCCAAAAGCCUACCAUCAAAUCGAAGAAGGGGCUGAAAAAGGCCACUGUCAGUUCCACAGCAGAAUUAGAAGACAUAUUACGAAUUAGGAAAAGAAAACUACUUUUAGAGUGUUCAAAGUUGUCCUUGGAGAUUAAAAUAAUGAAGAAAGAUUUCGAGGCGAUGGAUUAA